UCCCUGUACCCACGAGGGAUCUGUACCUUUAAUACUCACAUUGGAAAUGCUUGUUUUCAGCUUUAACGCCCUCCUGCUUUUUCUCCACAGCUCAUCUCAGAUUCUUAUUUCUUUACUGGCGCCAUCUAGUGUCAGAAACACACUGUUGUAUCUUUGGUCAGACGUAAUAAGUAUGUGUCAUAUUUUCUCUGUUUCACCUGUAAUGUGUGACUCUUCACCUCUGUCUCCUCUCACAGGGAGAAGAUGAUCUGCAGCAUCCUGCUCCUCCUCAGCCUGACCUCCUGUGUCUCUGGAAGAUUAGUAGUGAAUGUGUCACAGACCUCCUAUCAGGCAGAGGAGAACCAGAACAUCACACUGGAGUGGACCUUCACCACCAGACGUGACACUUCCCUAAAACGCUUUUCUAUCUUCUGCCAACUGUUAGCUGAACUCAGACCUUUAUUCUUGUUUCAUCUACAUGAAGGUGUUGAGGUCCCAGAGACUCAGGAUCAACAGUUUGCAGGACGAGUCCAGUUUGACAAAGACGUCCUCAGAGAAGGACGACUCAGACUUCAUGUGUCCAGACUCAGGACCAAUGACUCUGGACUUUAUUUGUGUGAUGUGAUCAUAAAUCACAGUGGGAACUUUCGUUCAUGUCGGCUCAACGUCACUGCAGCGAGGGAUCGGCCCGAACCUGAGACACCAAACACACCAAGUCAGGGAAUAGAUCCUCCAGCAGGAAGUGGACCACAACCAGAGAGUCCAGCAGUGAUCUUCCUCUACUGUAAUGAAGGAGAAACAUCACAGAGGUCUUACAGGAGUUUGGGAUGUUUUUUAGAAGGACAGAACAGGAUAAUAGAAGAGGUCCUGAAGGAAGCACAUGACAUGUCUCCAGUGUUUCAAAUGUCAGUGAACACCAGAGACAACUGA